AUGAGGUUCCUUCACUUCCAGCGCUUGCAAGCGCCCUGCGUCGCCUUCUGCUGGCUCUUCGUCUUCUUCUUGGUCUUCCUAGCAGGAGGAGGAGGAAGAGGGGGAGGAGGAGGAGGAGGCUGGGGACCAACAUUCGCUUCCGCUCGACCGUUCAAAGGUGAGACAACACAAGACGACCACCACCACCAGACAGGACUGAGGACAAUGGAGCCUUCCAGAGACAAAGACGUCCUUGACUUGGACUCGACUCACAACAUCGCCAGACACGACACUCAACGACAAGACUUGGGAGGAUUUCGUUUCUCGCUCCAUAAUCAAAGGCCCCUAAAUCUUACCACGACUGAUAUUGAGUCAAACGUUCAUUAUUCCAGACCACAAUCUUCUUCCACAGCUGAUAUUUCGCCUCUCUCAGAGUCUAAUCAACCCAGCGUCUUAUUUCUCAACAAUGAUUCCUCGACUUGGAAUCAGCAGACAGAAAGCUCACGCAAUCGCGCCUUCCUUGCCUAUCCUUAUCCAGUGAAACAACUGCACAUCCCUUCUAAUACUUUACCUAACAACAAUGUACAUAAAUUAAACAUAUCUCCAGUCUCAGUACCCCUUUUUAAAAACGUUACAGAUUCUCAUCCAAACAUAUCUUCGGGAAAUCUGACUCAGAUUAAAUCUGAUCACUCAUUUCACAGGUCUUCGAGUCAGUUCUCGCAUAGGAAACUAGAGGUAGAUUCGCUCACAGUUAAUGGCGUUGUCAAUAACACCAAACAUAUACUCCUUGACACAGGUAUUUCAGGCAACCUAAGUCAUCAUCAGUCGUACAAGCCUAACCGACAUAGAAAUAAAAAUCAUGGUUCCCUGUGGAACUACAGCACGUUUCAGAAACUGCCUUACUCUAAUUCUAACUUAAACAGUGCGACAAAUGUUGUGCAAUAUAAUUCCAAGAUAGUUCAUAACACUGACAGCCAUCCUGUUCGCAGAAAGCAAUCGGAAAAUAAUAUCAACAAGUCCAAGAAUAUGACUCAGAAUUCCACCCCUACAAACGCUGGAAAUGCAAUGCAAGAUACAAGUCACUUGCCAGCCAUUGGAGACCUGAAUUCUGCCAGCAAAUUCCCUUCCAGGGCAAACGGCACCUUAACCAAACCCCACAAAUCAGAACACACUGCCACGGCUCAUAAGAACGAUUACCGCUACCUCACCGAAUUCCAAGGUAUCAUGGAGGAACUGCUCAAGAAAAAUCAAAGUUCUGAGGAUGGCCAUGACAGUAGAAAUAACAGCGCUUCUGCAUCAGUACAGGUUUUCAUAGAUAAAAUCAAUGCAUUUACAGCUGCAGUAUCGAAAGCGCCUCUCACAAAGUCUGAAAUUCUUCAGUUACUGUCUGUCAUAGAAGAUUACUUAGGAGAUGACGUAAAGGAAAGCAACUUUCAAAGCCCAGUUGCCACUAGGGAUAAGCACAACGACACCAACGUACAAGGUAUUGGAGGUAAUAAAGGAAAUAAUAUAUGGAAAGAUAAAUACAGGGGAACACAUCAGCCCCAUUGGAGUCAGUCCCAGUUAACAAAGCCUCUAGGGGAGUCGGGCAAUGCAGGGUACUUCCCUAUGUUCCAAAGUCCCGUCGGUUCUGGUGAAGGAAAUACCAACAAACCAACAGGACUGAUGAACGUACUUAGCGCUAUGCAGCCAACCAAUAAGCCAGUCAUUACGAAAGGUCCGUUUCACUAUAAAAAUGGGACUAUCAUGUUUUAUAAUGGCAUUCCUGAUUUUGGCAUCCGAACAGCUCUGCAAAAACUUCAUGAUACUCUAAUGGAAAAGCUGGCUCUCUUGCACCAUAAAGGCCACAUCAAGACACAAGGAGAGAUCCCCUCUUCUUCUUCUUCCACAAGUGCCACAACCUCCUCAGAAGAACCUGAUAAUCCUGAAAUUAAGACUAUCAGCUUUGAUCAGGGCAUACCAAUUUUUUCUUCAGAGAGAGGCAGCAUUGCAAGUGCCCUCAUUUCCUUGUUAAAAGAAGCCACAGUAACUCUGGUAGAUGAAGUUGUAACAAGUAUUGGGGAGAACAGGGAUGACAAUACGAUUGUAAUUAAGAGACCUGGGCCAUCUUUUAGCAUCUAUAACCAAAGUGAUUCUUUUAUCCAAAGUGAUGCAUCACCAUUGCCAAAACCACCAAGCAAUUCGACUGACAUUUCCCCCUCGCCAGAUGUGGGUCAGGAAUCGGAGAACAUAGGAACUCAAGAAUUCAAUGUUUCAUUCCAAACCUCAGAUGCAAUAAAUUCUGAUUCUUUAGAUACUUUUCCUGAAAACUAUUCUGCAAAUGAAUACCCAGUGUUCACGGGUGAGGAAACAACAGCAGCUCCAGUUUCUUAUCACAACGAAAUACUUUUGAAUGACAUUUUUGCAGAUAGAGAAUCCGUUGAUAUAAUUCCAGUUGAUGGGAAUCUUACUAGUGAUAAUAACUUGCAUACCUUCACUUCAGAUAUAAUUAAUCCUUUUGACAAAGUAGAAACCUGGGAUGCAUCAAACCCCUCCGUUUCAAUUACUGUUACUCAGACACAAAACCAACACCAGAAUCAGGGAAUUGGGAUAUUAGGAACUGUGCAGGCAGGUGGUGGAAUAUAUCCUGGAAACCCUGGUGGAGGAGUAAGUUUCCCAGGAGUCCCUCCAGGCUUUCAAGAAGCGCUUCAGUCACUAUGGUUUUAUCCGUUGUUGCCCAACGGCAGCCAUCUGUUGAAUGGGUCUGGUACAAACUUUUUUCUCGCUCCAGGAGGUGUCUACUCUUUCCCUGAUUUUUCUGGAAUAUUGGCAGGCUUAGGAAGUAGUACUGGUCUUUCUGCUUUACAUUUCCCCAGUCAGUUUCCAUUCAUUGGUAACACAUACAUACCAAAUGGGGUUCAUUCCAGCCUUGAAAACAUAAUGUCUCUUUUAUCUGGUGGACAACUGCCUUUAUAUGCUCUGAUUUACAAUCCAGAUGGAUCUGGUGUAACAUUUCCUUCUGGUUCUGAACAGAACCAAUUUCUGAUAUCGAAUCAAACAGAUAAUUACCUGUCACAGUUUCCGGUGGUGAUAGUAUCAAACCAGCCAAGUGAGUCGGGUUCAAGCUAUCCAAAUUUGGUUCUGCCUUUCUACCCUGUCUCCAAUGAACAAACUUCUCCUGCCCAAGUAUCUCACUAUCCCAUUUUACUGUUUCCUAAUGAGAGUAGUUCAAACCAAUAUCCACUGUUAUUGUUACCCAUUUAUCCUAGUGGAACUAACCCGUUAAAGCCAAGUUCAGGUGCUCAAUAUCCGUACAUAGUAGUGCCUGUCAUACAAACAGAUCAAUUAGCACAAUUUGGAAGUGGAGGUUCAUCUUCAGAAAGUCCAGGGACUUUAGUAUUCCCUAGCAGGCCUGGGGAAACUGGAAAUCCCUCUGCAACUAAUUCAGGAAACUAUUUUCCAUAUCUCAUAGUACCUGUAAACCCAGGUGAAUCCAGUGGCUCAUCGACACCAAGUUCUGGAAGUCAAUCUCCAUUUCUGGUAGUUCCUGACAAGCCAGGUACAACAAGCAGCGGAUCACCACCUUCAAGUACUGGGACUGGCUCAACAACAGACUCAUCAGGAACAUUUCCAGGAAACCUGUUUCCUAACUUGGGGACCCAGUAUCCAUAUUUGUUGAUACCAAGCAAACCUGGUGAAACAGGAGAUUCAUCAAAUCUUAGUCCUGGCAGUCAGCUCCCAUUUCUAGUGGUUCCUAACAAACCAGGGAGCGGAUUCCCAAAUAUCUCAGGUCAGCCACCUUCAGGAGGUGGAUCAACCACAAAUGGUCAGUUUCCAGUUUUAGUAAUUCCUACCACUCCAGAUGGCUCUGCAUCUGGGGGUUCAGUUCCAUUUCUUCUCGUUCCAAAUGGAUCUGGUCAGUCUACUGGUGGAUCAUCUAAUAAUCAAGGUGGUACAGAUGUAGGGGAGGGUCAGUUGCCAGAUGGUGUUACUAUCUCUAGUGGUGCUAGUGGGAGCACUGACCCUUUAUAUUCUAUUAUACCAAAUAAACCGAAUAAUUCAGUAACAGAAGGAGGUGGUUCCCCAUACUUUGUAUUUCCAAAAAACCCUUUAACUGUCGAUGGACGUCCAUCACCAAUUUUGGUAUAUGACAAUGACCCAAACCAACCAGGAAGCAGCAGCCGUCCAACACAUAUCUUCUUUCCAAAGGAGCCAUAUAAGCCAGGUGGUUCAGGUAACAUACCAGGCACCUUGAUUGCUAUACCUAAGCCAAGUACGCAAACAACACAGUCUACACUUUCAGGAACUCAGUCUACAGUAGCUGUCACAGAUCCGUCUUCCGUGCCUUUCCCGUCUACACUAACAACCAUUUCAAUUUCUACAGCUACAAAAGAUCCAAGCACUAAUGGAAAUCAGUUUUCAACAACUGCUAGCCCAAGUGGAAGCAGUAAACCCCCUUAUUCUAUUAUACCAAGUAAGCCACUGAAUUCAACAAGUGGAUUGAGUGGUUCUCCAUACUUUGUACUACCAGACAAACCAUACACCAGUGAUGGACGUCCAUCGCCAAUUCUAAUAUAUGAUAACGACCCAAGCCAACCAGGUAGUAGCAGUCGCCCAACCCACAUUUUCUUCCCAAAAGAGCCUGUAAAGCCAGGUGGUAUAGGUAAUAUACCAGGAACCCUGAUUGCCAUACCUAAGCCAACAACAUCACCAACAGAUCAAACUGCAACUUCAGUCACUCAAUCAAUCACAAGUCAAUCUCCAACAUCCGCAACUACAGUAGCUCAGUCACUGGCAGGCCAAUCUUCAACAGCAUCCCCUGCAACAGCAUCCCCUGCAUCUACUUUAUUGCCCACUUUAAUAACAACUCUAACUACAAGUGGUAUACAGUUGACCAGUACUACAUCUUCAUUUUCUCCUGUAACAACAUCUCCAACGAAAACUACACAGCAGCCACUAAUUCCGCCAAAUUCUGGCACAACAUCUGAGGGCACAAGUGGGCAAACAAAACCCCCGUACUCCAUCAUACCAAUUAAGCAGGACAAUUCAACAACAGGAGGCAGCGGCUCUCCUUACUUCGUACUCCCAGACAAGCCCUACACUAGCGAUGGGCGUCCGUCGCCAAUCCUCAUUUACGACAACGACCCCAACCAGCCUGGAAGCAGCAGUCGCCCAACGCACAUCUUCAUCCCGAAGGAGCCUUACAAGCCAGGUGGCUCAGGCAAGUUAGAAGGGACCCUCAUUGCCAUACCUAAGCCAACCACAACGACAAAGGCUACGCUUUCAGUCUCAGAAACCCCGACAACUUCAGCAACAACGUCAGCAUCAACAACAACUCCAGCAAAAACAACAGCAUUUACACAACAAGAUAAAAUAACGUUGAGUACGGGACUUACCGGAACAAUAUCAUCUACAGAAAUAACAUCAACAUCAACGAUUUCGACUUCAUUGCUGACAACUACAAAGAUACCUGCCUCUACAGAAAUGUCAACAACAACUGCAUUACAAACUACAGAACCACCUACAACUACAGCAAUGCCUACAACUACAAAUAUACCCUUACCUUCAGAAACACAAAUAACUCCACAGAUUCCAGCUACUACAAAAUCACCUUCAACUACAGAAAUCUCCACAACAACAACAGCAAUGAUAACAACUACAGAAAUACCAACAACUUCAGAACUACCAACAACUACAGAAAUACCAACAACUGCAGUAACAACCACAGAAGUACCAACAACUACACAAGUACCAACAACCACAGAAGUACCAACAACUACAUCAUUGCCAACAACUACAGUAUUACCAACAACGACACCAUUGCCAACAACUACAGAAUUGCCAACAACGACACAAGUACCAACAACUACACAAUUGCCAACAACUAUACCAUUGCCAAAAACUACACAAGUACCAACAACCACAGAAGUACCAACAACUACACCAUUGCCAACAACUACAGAAUUGCCAACAACUACACCAUUGCCAACAACUAUGCCAUUGCCAACAACUACACCAUUGCCAACUACUACGGCAUUGCCAACAACUACACUACUGCCAACAACUACAGAAUUACCAACAACUACACCAUUGCCAACAACUACAGAAUUACCAACAACUACACCAUUGCCAACAACUACAGAAUUACCAACAACUACAACAUUGCCAACAACUACAGAAUUACCAACAACUAUGCCCUUGCCAACAACUAUACCAUUGCCAACAACUACGCCAUUGCCAACAACUACAGAAUUACCAGCAACUAAAAUUACCAACAACUACACCAUUGCCAACAACUACAGAAUUACCAACAACUACGCCAUUGCCAUCAACUACAGGAUUACCAUCAACUAUGUCAUUGCCAACAACUACACCAUUACCGACAACUACAGAAUUACUAACAACUACACCAUUGCCAACAACUACACCAUUACCGACAACUACAGAAUUACCAACAACUACACCAUUGCCAACAACUACACCAUUACCGACAACUACAGAAUUACCAACACUACACAUUGCCAACAAAUACACCAUACGACGAAUACGAAUUCCACAACUACACCAAUGCCAACACUACACCAAUUGCCAACAACUAGCAAAGUUACAACAACUACGCCAUUGCCAACUACUACAGAAUUACCAACAACUACGCCAUUGCCAACAACUACAGAAUUACCAACAACUAUGCCAUUGCCAUCAACUACACCAUUGCCAACAACUACAGAAUUACCAAUAACUACACCAUUGCCAACAACUACAGAAUCACCAACAACUACACCAUUAACAACAACUACACCAUUGCCAUCAACUACAGAAUUACCAACAACUACACCAUUGUCAACAACUACAGAAUUACCAACAACUACACCAUUGCCAACAACUACAGAAUUACCAACCACACCAUUGCCAACAACUACAGACUUACCAACAACUACACCAUUGCCAACAACUACAGAAUUACCAACAACUACACCAUUGCCAACAACUACAGAAUUACCAACAGCUAUGCCAUUGCCAACAACUACAGAAUUAACAACAACUACAGAAUUACCAACAACUACACCAUUGCCAACAACUACACCAAUGCCAACACCUACAGAAUUACCAACAACUACACCAUUGACAACAACUACACAAUUGCCAAUAACUACAGAAUUACCAACAACUACACCACUGCCAACAACUACAGAAUUACCAACAACUACACCAUUGCCAACAACAACAGAAUUACCAACAACUACAUCAUUACCAAUAACUACACCACUGCCAACUACUACAGAGUUACAAAAAACUACAGAAUUACCAACAACUACACCACUGCCAACAACUACAGAAUUCCCAACAACUACACCAUUGCCAACAACUACAGAAUUACCAACAACUACAGAAUUACCAACAAAUACACCACUGUCAAUAACUACAGAAUUACCAACAACUAGACCAUUGCCAACAACUACACCAUUGCCUACAACUACAGAAUUACCAACAACUACAGAAUUACCAACAACUACACCACAGCCAACAACCACAGAACUACCAACAACUACAGAAUUACCAACAACUACACCACUCCCAACAAUUACAGAAUUACCAACAACGACACCAUUGCCAACAACUACAGAAUUGCCAACAACUACACCAUUGCCAACAACUACACCAUUGCCAACAACUACAGAAUUACCAUCAACUAUGCCAUCGCCAACUACUACAGAAGUACCAACAACUACACCAUUGCCAACAACUACAGAAUUACUAACAACUACACCACUGCCAAUAACUACACCAUUGCCAACAACUACAGAAUUACCAACAACUACACCAUUGCAAACAACUACACCAUUGCCAACAACUACAGAAUUACCAACAACUACACCAUUGCCAAUAACUACACCACUGCCAACAACUACACCAUUGCCAACUACUACAGAUUACCAACAACUACGAAUGCCACAAAACUACCACAUUGUCAACAAUACAGAAUUAACCAACAACUACAACCAUUGUUCAAUAACACAGAAAUUAACAACAAAACUACACAUGGCCAAUUCCAAAACUACACCAUUGCCAACCACUACAAGAAUUUACCCAACAAAUACACCAUUGCCAAUAACUACAGAAUUACCAACAACUCACCAUUUUCAACAAACUACAGAAUUACAACAAACUCACCAUGCAACCACAGAAUUACCAACAACUACACCAUUGCCAAUAACUACAGAAUUACCAACAACUACACCACUGCCAACAACUACACCAUUACCGACAACUACAGAAUUACCAACAACUACACCAUUGCCAACUACUGCAACUCCCACAAGCUCUACCACAACCACCACAACUACAACUACCACAACUCCUACAACAACCACUACAACUCCCACAACCACCACCACUACAACAACUCCUACAACAUCUACUCCUACAACUACCCCAACAUCCCACAACACUACCUACUACAACAACUCCCACAACCACACCACAGCAACAACCUCAACUCCUGCAACAACCACUACAACUCCCACAACCACUACUACAACUCCAGCAACAACUACAAUUACCACAACUCCUACAACUACCACUACAACAACAACUCCUACCACUACAACCAGUACAACUACCACAACCACUCCCACUACAACCUCUACAACUCCCACAACCACUACAACUCCAACAACAACUACAACUCCCACAACCACUACAACUCCAACAACAACUACAACUACCACAACUCCUACAACUACCACUACAACCACUCCCACAACUACAACCAGUACAACUACCACAACUACUCCCACAACCACCACCACUACAACAACUCCCAAGACCACUACAACAACUACCACAACCACCACUACAACAACAACUACAACCACGACAACGAAACGCCCCUUGAUCCCAAUCAAUCCCCACUAUGCCACCAGCGACGACGGUCAGGGCAUCGUCGUCGCGUACCCAGAGGAGCGAGAGGGCACCGAUGCCCUGUCUAGCGCCCACUACUCAGGGAGAGUUCGUCCUGCCUCCCUUGCUUCAACUUAUUCAGAGAUUUCAUCAGAUUUUGGCAAUGGUCCUUCCUUCCCUGAGGUAUCUGUCCUUUCACACCUUGGAGACCACCGCACAGAAUCCCUAAGGGAUCCUAGAAACAUCAACGCUAGGAGAGGCGAUUAUGACCCUGGCAUCUUCCCAUACGGGCAAAAGGACGUUAGCAGCGAGAGGUCGCCGUCCCCUAAAAGCAGGCUGAAUGUAGUCAUCCAAGUGAAUCAGCACCAAAACCAGACGCAGAAUCAGUGGGUAGUCUUCAGGCCAACACGCGCGCCUCGUCCACCCAUUCCCUCUCAUAUAAUCUUGUGGAUUCCGAUGGUAAGCAGGACGCCUACGCCUACCCUAUCCACACCAGCAACUGAAGGAAACCUUGUCUCUUUCAUAACUGCUACUGAACCCCCUGUGACUAAACCUUUCACUACCACAGAGACGACUACAGAAACAUCUACUCAUAUGCUACCACAGAUUUCAAGUACUCACACCUCAGGAAUACCUAGUCCUACAACCACAACUUCUCUUGAGACUACAAUUCAGUUGCAGAAUACUCUCUCUACCACCUCCCUUGAGCCACAAACUGAAGAGCCUAGCACUACACUUAAUCUAAACACAAACACCGACUCUAUAGUUACUCCAGAACAAACACUGGCUACAUUACCAAGUACUUUAUCAACUGUAAUUCAGACUGAAAUUACUACAACAACGUCCACUAUUGCAAUGUCACAGGAAUCUUUAUAUCCAAACACUACAUUAGCUUUAAUGACCACAGGAGAAACAGUACCAACUGCUGUAAAUGUACAAACAACUUCAAUUCAGACAGGCUUUCCCAGUGAAACAACUUCACAACAAACAGAGACAACCUCUUCCCUUUCCACUAUUUUAACUACAGAGGAAACUCAGAGUAUCACAGAGAUGCCCAUUAUUACAAUACCAAGUACUACAUCUACAACUCUAACUUCUUCUGUACCAAUUUUUCAAAAUACACCUGACAGCACAACAUUUUUGCCUGAGACGAGUCAGAUUUUAACUACUACUGAGACUGAUGAAACUAUUGAAACAACUGCCCGUUCUCCAGUCUCUGAUGUGACCACAGUAACAAGUGAGACAGCAGUUGAGACCGAAAUCUCAGCAGCUCCCUAUACUCACUCUACAUCCAAUACACAAUCUACAACUAUUUCAGAUACUUCCCUUAUUACUCUCACAACAGUCUGGACAACAUCACCUUCCCUUCUCACUACCAAAACGUUAUCCUCUACUGCUGCCAGUCAGUCUUUAACCAGUACUGAGAAGACCUUUAACCUCGACCGACUACCCUCACCACCUAUGCCAACAAAAGACUUGACAACAUACAUCACCACAAUCCUCACAACAGACAAAGCGACGACCUCAACCCCAAUGAACCAAACAACACUUAAUGAUGUCAUCACACAUUUUACAACACUAAAUGCAAUGACAGAGGAAACAAUUAAAGAUUUGACAAACUACCUCACAACUUCUGAAAUAACCAGUCAGCAUACAACUACCUCAACCUCUGCAGGGACAUCCGCAGCCAUAGAUAUGAUAACAGAUCAUCCAACUACCACAGUAAGUAUCUUUACAGUGGCUGAUGUAUCCACACCUCCAGAGAAAACAAAUACUCCUGUCACUAACAUAUCAACUCUUCUAGAAUUUGAGACUGUGGAAGGAACAUCUACUAGUCUUCCCACUUUAGAAGACACUGGGGUAAGUUCUUCCUCAGAAUUCCCACCUCAUUCUGACACAACCAAGUUGGCAUCCACAGAGGAACAGCUACUCAGUUCUUCAUUUAUGACCACUCUACCUCCCACUAGUACAAUAAUGAGCACUACACAACCUACCAGUACAAGUUUGUUACCAGAUACAAAAACAGAGGCUACUGAUUUCACAGAAUAUGACAUUUUCACGACAGAGCUUACAAGGCAAAGUGACACAUUAUUUUCUGAUGAUGAAAUGCAGUCAGACAGUCCAGUAACCACAGAAAUUCCAACAGUGGAACCAAUGUUUACUACAGAACCACAUAUUUUAACAGACAUGAAAACAACUAAAACUGUACUCACUUCUGGACCUACUCAUAUGACUUCUGUGAGCCAGAAUGAUGACUCAUUAACAACCCUCACUGGUGGCAUGACAACAGACAGCUUGACAACAGUGGCUGAAACCUUGUGCUCAGAUGAAUAUUUAUCCUCUAACUCUAUAGUCUCUACAACAGACGGUAUUCAUUCACAGUGGAAUUCAGCACCAACUGGAUUUACUGUCCCGGUUACUUUUACAGAGGAAUCACCUUCAGCUCAUACAGAAGCUUCAGAUAGGACCACGACAUCCGAAACUGUGAGAGAGACUGAGUCUACCAUACUCAUGACAGACAUUGUGACAGAUGCUACUACUUCAGUUACCAGUGAAGCUGUUUCUCCAAGUUCUCCACAAUUUCUAACAACAGAUUUUACCAGUAAAACUGUUUCUCUAAGUACUCCACAAUUUCUAACCACAGAUUCAGCUACUGAAACUGACCCAGACCACACUUACACAGAAACAGCAGAAAGCUUGGCUGAAACAAUGAUGCCUCCUUCUACGUUGCCAGCCAUAACUUCACCACCAUUAGACUCUGAGACUCAGACUCUUUUAAUAACAGUGUCUGGUGUAACAGAAACUUCGAUACCGACUACUCCACAAACAUCUGAGCCAGUAACACAUCCUCCAACGACCAGCCAGCCCACAGUGCCAUUGUUUCCCACAGAGGCGCCCACAGAGUUACCUACAACUUUCAAGUCAACCACAGCGCCCUCAACCCCACCUCCAGAGACUACAUCCCAGACUACACCACUAACGACUCCUCUUCUUCAGGCAACUACCUCAACGACCACAAGUGUUUCGACCACUCAGUUGACUACAACUACCUCACAAAGGAAGACGACGACCAAAAGGACGAGACCAACCUUCAUUCCCAUCAGCCCCCACAGGAGAUUUGGCAGACUGGCAGAAUCUUCAGUCACCCCAGCAUCACUUUUCUUGCCUCUGGCUGAUGUGAAAGUAGUGGAUGAUCUUUAA